CUCCCAUCACCACCACACACACAAAACACGAGCUCUGGCCCAGCCCGCAGGCCUGACAGAGGGCUGGCCGUCACCUUCUGGUUGUCUUAACUCAUUUCCUUAGGAAGCAAGGCUACGGAUUGGCUCUGUGGACUUGCAGACCCAAGGUUCACACAGCAUACUGCAGGCAGCUGAUGCUGCACAGCCAACAAGAGGCAGUAAAAGCAGCUCCCUCUUCUCACCCUAUCUUUUCCCGUGAUCUGAGUAGCUUCCUUAAAGGAGACACCCUUGUCUUCAGAGAUUUCCAUGCUUAGAACCCAUCUAGUAAUUUCCACCUCCCUCCAACUGGAAAAACACAAAAACCUGGUUCUGUUUGAAUACAGUGAGAUUCUCUGGGAACUGGAAGGCGUUCACUGCGCGUGGGUGGGUGCUCCCAUCAAAAACCGGAUGGGUUGUUCCUGUACAAGGUGCCUGGGAUGAAGUCCCUGCUUAGAGAGACAGUAUCUGAGAAGGGCCGAGGAGAGGGGAGAGGAUAAAGAAUGCCUUGAGACAGCUCAAAGUAAUGAACUCUGAUAAGUUCCAUGUAUAAAUGGCCUUGUCUUAUUGAAGACUAAGGAAAACAGCUGGUAUAAUUUUGUUACAAAAAACACAUAGGAAUGGCCAAAGCUUUCUGGAUUCUCUGAGCCACACUGCAGUUUUCCCAUAUGGCAUUGAGCCCCCGGAUGCCUUUCGUGUUUUCUGUAUUACAUUCAUGACGUGCUGCUGUGCCUCAGGAGUGAUGCCUUCAGUGUGCAUGUAGCUGCUAUAUGGGAAUUGUACUUACCCAGUGGGGAGGGUGGCCUCCUGAAGAUGUCUGUUGGGUAUCCCAUAUAAAGUUAAGCAUUUAAAUGGCUUUCGUAGCCAAAGAGAGAGAUGGGCUGGUAAUUUACUUUUAACUGCUUGGUUAUGAAGGUAUUCCUCUGGGCUGACUCCAGGGGGAGCCCAGGUGAUGAAUUUUACCACGUUUCUCAUCUUAGUAUGGCUGCAGGUGAGAAUAUUCUGAGCCUGUAAGUUCUCCAUAUUUGUACAUCGGUGUUUGCCGUGUUCCCUGCCCUUCAGAGGCACUUUGAGGAUGUGUUAAGGAUUGUGGAGAUUUCAAAUGUGUCAGCAGAGCCACGCUGACAGAAAUAACUGGAGCUAAAUACCGCCUCGUACAACGCUUCAUUUUGUGAGCGGUGAAUUAAGGAAAUCUGUCUUACGAAUUUACACCUCAAAGUUGUGCUUGUGGCCUUUCUCAGACACGUAACAAAGGCUGAGCUCAGCUCUCAGACUUUCCAUCACGCAGGCAAUAAUAAGGCUUGUCUGCUUCACAGAGCCACCUAUUUUCAAAGACGUGGGGGAAUUGGGUAUAUCAGAGCAUGCCAGCCCUCUGCCAGCCAACAGAUACAGAAGCUGUCUGGGGAAAUGCACACAUGCACACCCUCCCUUCGUUUCCUUAGGCUAACGAAUACCCCACUGCAACCAAAAUUUAUAUAAAACUGAAGAGGGACAAAAACCAAACCUGAAACAACAAGCUGUUGUCCUAGCUGCUGGUGUUUGCAGUCUCCAGUUACUUUCUGUAACCUACCCCAUAGGCCAGGUAUGGCUGAAUCAUUUAGUAUAAGGAGGCACAGAGAAUAUUCUGAGGUUACUAGGAACUGGUUAUUUUAUGAGAUGGAUCCCACCUCACUCCUUAACAACAGUUAUCAGCUCUCAUCUGUUCCUUUACAGAUUUUAUUUUAUAUAAGUGGGUUUUAUUACAUCUUUUACUUCGCGGCAACGCUUGCAAUGAUCAUUUAUAAAAGUCAAGCUUUCAGUUAUCCAGAUGGUUUUUUGGCUCCCGAUCUUGCAUUGCUUUGCAUCAUGGCCAUUCUUGAGGCGCUGCGGUUGUACUUGGGUUCAAAGGGUAACCUGACAGAAGAAGAGGCUCCAUUAGGGCUCAGCCUUGUGAUAACGGUUGGAAGCAUGAUUCUAUCUGUGUAUUUCCUGAUAUGGCAAACUUACGUGCUCAGAGCAGAUGUCAUUAUCAACACCGUUCUUCUCUUUACAUACGGGCUUGAGUCAGUAUUCCAGGUCUUGGCCAUUGCAGCUUUUGUUGGCUGAGCUCUAACUGUGACACAGCACGUUUUCAACACAUUUCUUCUUUUGAAGAGUUUUUCUGUUUCAAAGAUUUAAUUCUUCUGGCAUAUCAAGAUUCUGUAAUGCUUCCUCCUGUUUAAAUGACCUAUUCUGGCAGAGAUCCCCCCGAGUGGGAGGUAAGAUAGCCUUUCUACCAGCUGUGUUACACCGCCUCAUCAGUUAGUGUUCAUCAGGGAUCAAUAUUAAAUAUUAAUUCCCAACACAGAAUAGCAGCCAGUGCUGCAUGCCAUUGAGAUUGCAUGAGUUUUCAUGGCACAGAGCAACACCACGCAAGCAAAGUGACACAGAACUGAAUGAGGCCAGUGUCGUAUGGACUCGUUUCCUGCAUACACUUAUGUGUUUCAAGGCACAGUUUUGCUUUAUCACACAUCUGCUCUCAUUUCUUUUCAGACCCCAGUGGUAAUUUCCCUGCCUUUAGUAGGGCAGUACCUGAUUGGUCCCAGUAGGGUUGGGUUGAACUGAGUUUUGCUCCUCGGAGAGCUGAGCCACGAGGUUUGGGCGGCUGCCUCUUACUGGCAUGGAGACCAAAGGCAGCGGUGUGAGGGUCUGGUUGUUUAAGCACAGCAGCCCAAAGAUCAGCAUCAACAUUCACCAUUCACCCUUCUGUCCUGUUUCGAAGCCCAACAGAAGCUGUCAGAGAUAUUUCUAUUUGGUCUUUAAUGUCUGCAGGGCCACAAUUCUGCAGAAGUGACUACUUUCCAACCUCUUUUAUUAAAUCAACUGUGCAAUUUCAGGUGUUUUUUUUUUUUUUACUCUGUCAAAAAUAUGUAAGAAUGUAAAGCAUGGGAGCUUGUAGGGAUUUUUAUUUGUUUGUUUUUUGUUUUUGUACAGGCAGUUUUUAUAUUCAGAAUCUCUUCUAUUUAUUUAUUCAAAUAAAGAAUGCAUUAGAUCUGAGAA